UUCGAAUAAUCAAAUCAAAUCUCGGAUCUUCAGCACUGCACUGCAGAAACUUUUAAAAAGUCACUCACUACUAACUCUUAGUUUUGAGUAUUUAUUGUCUUUAGUGAAUUAUGAGUGUAAAUUUCAAAUCUGAGGAAGAAGCCAAGGAAUAUGUAAAAAAUCUUGGAAUAGAGUAUAGAUUUGGAUGUUUUAAAGAAAAGAAGACGGAAGUUUGUCAUCUACUGGGUGAUUAUCUUGAAGCUGUUGAUAGAAAUUAUGAAAAAGCUUGGAAAGUAUACAAAGACAACUGUGACACAUCAAACCAUCCAAGGAGCUGUUUAAAAUGUGGUAAUUAUGUGGCUAUGGGAAAAGGAGGUCAAAAGGAGGACAAAGUUCAAGCACUGCAGUAUUUUGAGAAGAGUUGUCGUCUCGGAGAAGCAAGUGGUUGUUUUCGAGCUGGUAUCAUGGCAGCAGUGCUAAGCAAUACUACAAAUUCUGCGGUUACAUUCAAGCAGGCCAUUAGCUAUUUGGAAAAGGGUUGUGAAGGUCGGAACAAUGAAGCUUGUUACCACCUUAGUGGAAUCUACUUGGACGGAUUUGAGAAGGGAAAAAUAGCCAAAGACAUGAAGCGAUCUUUUGAAUACGCCACUAAGGCAUGCGACUUAAAUAACAUGUAUGCCUGCGCCAAUCUUAGCCUAAUGUAUAAACGAGGAGAAGGGGUUGAGAAGAAUGAAGAAUUAGCAGAAAAAUUGAAGGUGAAAGCUCAAAGAAUACAGGACGAUAUGAUAAAACAAAGAGAGCUUAGUUUCCAAGCUGGGCUUAAUAGAACGUAAUGUUUUAUAGGGUUUAGAUGUAUAUAGUAACAAGUGUAAUCAAAGGAAGUAAACAAUUUUUUUGCAAAUUGA